GUGCCGUCACGGAGGUGCACGUAGCUGUCAAAGCAUCGUGGCAUCCAAUGCACAUCUUCCGGUCCAUUUUACCUUUUCUUCACCCUCUAGUUUCCUCUUUGUCUCCAUUCACCCUCUUUUGUCUCUUUCUCAAUCUAAAUCCAUCUUCUCCACACUUCCACUUUAUAGUGCUUCACUUGCUUUCUCUCAAACCUAAAUCCUACACAACUUAUUAGUUAUUACUCAUCUUCUCUCAUUGCAGGUCAACUCAACUCAUCACUCGUUACAUUCUGAUAAGAAAAUGGCAGACUGGGGCCCAGUAGUUAUAGCCACUGUGCUGUUUGUGCUGCUAACUCCAGGGUUGUUGUUCCAGCUUCCUGGUAAAGGCAGAAUCGUGGAGUUUGCGAACAUGCAAACCAGUGGCCCCUCCAUCUUUGUUCACACCAUCCUUUACUUUGCCCUCAUCACCAUCUUCCUUAUUGCUAUUGGUGUUCAUAUCUACACAGGAUAAUGUUAGCCAAUCUAUCACUAUUAAUCUGUGUCUUUUUUUAUUUUCUUCCAUUCUUGUUUGCUUGUUUUCAUCUCUCAUGAUCAAAUUCUUCAGUUUUUGUCAGUGGAUAAGUAAUGUAAUUCGCUAAGAAAUUCUUCUUGAAUAUUGUUUCUGGAAUUAUUUAAGUUUCUGCUCUAUUUUGUAAGUUUAUCUUGGCUAUGAGAAUGUGAUAAGAGUUUAUUUUGAGUACA